AGGUAAGCUAAGUGCAAGCGGAGGAAAAGGAAAGCCCAUUAGCAGGAGAGGAGGAGAGAGAGUUACGAGACAUGGCAGCCCAGUAGAUAAAAGUGAAUUCUGCUUGUCAUUGUAUGUAUUUUUUCUUUUAAUGUUUCUUCAUUCGAGAAGAAGAAACAAGGAAUCCGACAGGACUACAAGCUGAAAACCGUUGAGUGACCGGGAGUCAGCAGACGUGAUGUCACUGACGUGCCCAUGUAACAACAGGAUCUCCAUGUGUGAAUGACUCCUGCAGCCAGAGCUACUGAGCAGACCAUCUCAAGAGGAUUUGAGUAAACAAAAAGGAGGGAGGAAAAUGACCUAAUUAGCGAAAAGCGUGACGGACAACCUGGUGCAAAUGUGUUGGUGGUAAUUUCCCCAGUUUCACCCACAAGGCAGACACAUGCAUCAGCGCACAUACACGCACGGCACAUUUGCAAACCCUGCCCUUCCCUUCCUGCCAUCCGCCCCGAUCCUCCAUGGAUUCCUACAACUUCCACUUUGAGAGAAUGAGCAACGUGGACCUGCAUCCUCUGAGCCUGCCUGUCAGCCGGCUCUCCCCAGCCAAGUCCAACAGCAGCAUUGUCGACCAACUCGCCCACCACCAACACGGCAAAGGAGACUCUGCCUACAGCUCCUUCUCUGGCGGGUCCACUGCCCCUGACUACCCUUCUCCCUUCCUCCCAGACGACCUGCAGUCCAGCGCCUUCAGCCACUAUGCUGAUCUCAAGUAUGUAAAGUCCAUUUACCAUCCCACCCAGGUUCUGCAGUCUGAUUCAAAGACCAUGGACCAGCUCUAUCGUUCUGUGGAGGCUAUCUCUCAGCACUAUCGCAACAACACUAGCUCCAAUGCAAACCACCACAACCACAAUGGCAAUGGCAGUUUCCAUACCAACAACAAAGCACUCUCUAAACAAGAGGCGCCUUUGGGGGCUCCAUCCCAAAGUGUAUACCCUCCUGUCCAUCCUCCUCCAGUCCCAGCACGUCUGGAUAGUUUCAUAGCCACAAAAAACUUGGAGAACAGCAGGGUCCACCACCAAGGUACGGAGUUUCAACCCCAACAGCCUCAACAACAGCCCAGACCCUACAAUCGACUCCAUUCGCAGCACCAUGGUCUGAAUGCCCGAAGCCCUGAGAAGGCCAACCCAGAUACAGGCAACUCAAACUUCAAAAAUGAUCCAGUGUAUUCAGUUUGGAGGGGCUCUCAACAGCAGCCACCACAGGCCCAGCAACCACCAAGCUACCGGCCUCACCUGCAGCCUCAUGAUCAGAGCAGGGUGAACCCGGAAUACCUUUUCAUCAUGGACAACAAAGCUGCCUCCGAUCAGCAGAAAUCAACAACCGUCCCAAGCGGAUCACCUCCCCGAGGCACAAGCCAGCCUGAGCACCUGAAACCCAGACAUCUCUCAACCAGUGGUGGAUGUAAUGGAGACCAUCACAACAAGCCCAAUGGUAGCAGUAGCCAUUUUGAGAGUCAGCGCAAAAGGGCGCACUCAGCUCACGACUGGCUUGGGCCAGAGCCGACACGAGCUGCCAGCCCCUGGAAUCCUGGUCAGAGUGUUAUCAACAGCAGCAUCCAGCAUAAGGGCCAGUUCUACUUUGUCACAGGAGUGUGUAAGCUGUCUGACUCCAGUAUGAGGACGUACUCCGCCUCUGUGUGUGGGUCUGAGGCAGGGAGUGAGAGUUCCACUGUGUUGGAGAAGCACAGAUUAAGAGAAAAUGAAAGAAGCCACAGCACAAUGGAUAAUUUGUUUAGACCUCUCCAAGAGAGUUCUCGCUUUCCCAGCGGUACGAUUCCAAAUGAGAGUGAGGUUUUCAUUUCCGUGUCCCCCAGGAGUCACGAUCAGGAGAAUCACAGACCAUCCCUCAUGUCGACGCAGUCCUCUCGAAGCUUGGACACCUUAGAAGAAAUCGACACGAUCCAGAGUCGAGAGAUCAGCCGCCACUCUGCCAACAACCCCAUAUUCUACUGUGGACCUGACCGAAACUGCUCGCCACAUUCACCAACGCAAACGAAGGAGGUCACCUCACUAAUAAGCAACGAACAGCCCAACCACUCCAAAAGAGAGGAGCAGGCAAAGAGAGGGAAGCGGCAACCUUUGGGGGAUGUAGCCAGCGAGAGGAUAAACAAAGAAACGACCCCGCUUCUCUAUCACCUCACUGGGGCUAACAGGGCAGCCUUGCAGCCCAGAAAGGAUGCUGACUUCAGUACAAAAGGCAAGGAAGCAAUCCUGAACAAAACAGGUCAGGGAGACAUGGCAGUAAACGACAGUGAGAGACCUCCACGAGGUAGCACGAGCAAUAACGACAGAGGGGACGUUACCAAUGUCGCCUGUAACACUCUGGAUGACUCAUUUAAAAAGUACUACAAAGAGAAGCUGAAGGACGCCCAGUCUAAAGUCCUGAGGGAGACUUCGUUUAAAAGGAGGGACCUGCAGCUGUCAUGGCCACACCGUAUCAGGCAAAAACCUGAGCUGAGGCCGACAGUGAUUCACGCUUUCUCCCCAUCGCAGGACUCUGAGACUUCCACAGACACACUCACUCCAUCUGUGACCUCUGAGGAGACAGAGAGGGGGAGCAUAAAGGAAGACGUCGAGGAGAAUCAGAAGGAGAUGGACCAAGAGACUGAAAAGGAGAACGGGAGGCCGACAAAUGUGGCCCAGCCCCAGGUGGCACGCAUCGGAGGCAGGAGGCGACUGACUCCAGAGCAGAGGAAGAUGUGCUACUCUGAACCAGAGAAACUCAACCAGCUUGGCAGCACACCCCACCAUUCCGCCUGUCGCUCCUUUGGCAACGAAAGUGAGAGUCUGUUUGCAGCUGAAAGUGAAGGAGAUGAACGUGGGCAGCAAGGAGAGCAGGGGCUGGUUGCAGCACGGAGGAAGAUGUUCGAGACAAGAGGUCGGGCGCUCUCAGCCUCUAGUGCCUCAAAGACAAACCUAAAACAUCUGCAACACAAGGCGCUGGUGGAGUACAUGGAGCGUAAGACGGGCCAGAAAGUGGCUGAGCCACAGCAACCAGCAGCUCAGUUACCACCUCCGCCCAGACAGAGGCACUCUCUGGGAGAGAAACCAUUUGACUGGGGUCCCAGGCCUCUAUCAGGAAAUCAUGAAAGCAAAAAUACGAAGAAGAAGCUCCAUAGACCCCACUCUGCGGGCCGCAUCCUUGAUUCCUCCGCCAGCUCCAUCAGGUAUGCACAGUUCUUCUCAGCACAGUCUUGUUCUGGUCAAUAUACUGGCCAGUCAAGUCAGGCCAGAUGGAGGGAGAGUCAAGGUCCAGCUCAGGGGAAGUCUGCCUCAGUGGAGAGUCUCUUGGACCAGCCAGAACCUCCUAGUUUCUUCAGGAACAGAUCAACAUCCACACCGCAUGCAUUUCAGGCACAUGACUACGAGAAGGAUCCACUCCCAGUUAAUACUAUGGAAACCUGCAGUCCCCAGAAAAAAGCCACUGAGGAUCCCUUGGUAAAGCCAGUAACUGAGGGCCAGCAGCAUGUCCGUGUGGUUGCACAAAGGGGGAAGUCCAUGGAAGAGCUUGGGACUUCAAAGUUAACAAGACUAUCAGCAAUGAGUAAAAGUUCUGAGCAGCUGGAUAGACUGUGGAGACAUUCGACUGGACCAGGGGGGCCGGAAAGAGACAAGAGGAGUGUUUCAUUCAUUGCCGAAGUCAGAGAAGCCCAGGGACAGGAAAGAGCGAGGAAGAUACAAUAUCUAAGAGAGGAAGCGGGAAAAGAACCAGAGAUUGUUGAUCAGAAGAACUCUCAGGGACAGACACAAAACCAAACCCAGAAAAAGCCCCUGUUGAAGCAGAACUCAGAACCAGGGGAGGAUCCGACAACAGAAGGAACGAGGAACUCGAGUAGAUCCACCUCCCCGGCCUCCUACUCCUCUUCCCGGACCAGGGUUCACUCUGGAUCUUCUGGAUCUCACGGCCCUGUCACAGAUGAGUUCAGGUACAGCAGACCUCCCAGUGAGAGUUCAUCCAACCCACCUUCCCCCAGAGGGAUAGAGACCAACGAGAGGGAGAUCAAGUCAUCCAGCCCUGCCCAGCCAAAACUUUCCUGUGAAAACAGGCCUUGCUUCAGAGUCAGGACUUCUCCCUCUGUGACUGGAUCAGAGAGAGAGCAGUCAGUGGACGAACCAAGCAGCGACGCCCUGCCGCAUGAUUCAAACCACGAAGUGUCUCUGAGCUGCGGCGUCACCACAGAUCCAUCGCUGUGGAUUCUCCCUCCAGAAGAAGAGAUCAAAGAGGACGUCCAGAAUCCGCUGCUGACAGACAGCGUUUUUGAUGACGAGUCCACCUGCUCAGCACCUCAAACGCAGACAAGCGAGACCUCUGUGUCUCCCUGCGCCUCCGUCACUGAGGCAGACGUCACUCAGCGGGCGGAGGAGGAGAAAAAUCCCGGCGCGGAAGAUGAGAAGUUGGGAGAAAACCAGGAGAUGGAGGAGAGGGGAGCACCAGAGGGGGAGACGGAGAGCCUGGAGGGGCCCGCCGAGAGACCUCAGUGGGAGGAGCUCGUGAAAGCGGUGGUCAAGGCCGACCCAUCACUGGCCAGGGUGCUCUACCCGCUGGCCGGUCGUAAGACGGCGCUGAUGCUGAUGGAGCAGCUGCUGUCGGAGGACACGCUGCUGAUGGAGGAGCACUACAAGAAGAAACAGGAGCAGAGAGGAGCUGCAGAAAGUGCUGAAGCGGAUGAAGGGGCUGAACCAUCUCCGUGUCUUCCUGCUGCUGACAGCCUUAAACCUCAGUGCACAGACCUGCAGAGCAGAACUGACAUCACUGAGAAGAAGCAUCUGUUAGUGUCUUAUAUCGAGGAGCAUCUGCGCUCACUGGAAGAGACACGCGGUGCCCUCCAGGCAGAGAUUCAGGAGAACGUGGCCCGCGGCGAGGCACUGGAGGUGCUGGUCUGUGAGCACUGUCUGCCCGUGGAGCUGGAGAGGUACAACCUGUUCAUAGGAGACCUGGAGAGGGUGGUCAGCCUGCUGUUGUGCCUCUCCGCUCGGCUGGCCAGGGUGCAGAACGCCCUGAGCACCGUGGACCAGCACACAGAUGCUGAGGAGAAGCAAUCUCUGGACAGUCGCCACCGUCUGCUGUGCAAACAGAGGGAGGACGCCAAAGAUCUGAAGGAUAACCUGGACCGGAGAGAGAACCUGGUCUCCACCUUCCUGUCACGCCAGCUGUCCUCCGAGCAGCUGCAGGACUACCGGCGCUUCGUCCAGACCAAGGCCUCGCUGCUCAUCCGGCAGAAGGACCUGGAGGAGAAGCAGAGGCUGGGAGAGGAGCAGCUGGAGGCUCUUUCCAACAGCCUGAAUCUGUGAGGGAGGAGGGGGGAGGCAAGAAAAAGCCCCGGAUUUGAUGGAUGUGCUUUGCUGGCUCAGUUUGCUACAUACAGACUACAGGACAUGGAUUAUAAGUGGUCCAGCUGAUAUCUUUAACCCUUUUGCACCCUGUCAUGACAUUCCUUUUGUCCUUUUAAUAGUGUGACAAACUACAGGGGUACCCAUCAUACUGUUCUACUCUCAUAACUUAAAGGCUUCUCAUGAGGUGAGCAAUAAAGACUGUUGAGACUCGUUGCCUUUCUGUCAUCUGCCGAGGAUUGCCCAGAAGGCUCACCCACUUUCCGCCCAGUGAACGAAGACUCACCCCUUUAUGUUUCCUGUGACUUUAAACAGAAGGCCGAAACUUCUUCUGUUUCUCCGUGUGCCUUGGUAUUGGUGUUGCUGUGGAACGUUUUCCAUUAGAGCUGCUGUGUGGAAAGUUUGCGUCCCUUGUUAGCAAUUCAGUAACUGUCCUUCUUUUUUUCAUUAAGAUGGUAGCGCUACAGCCCUGUAUCUGCACCUGUGGAAACCUAUUAUAAGCUUUAAACUUGUAUUUUGACCAGUGAGAAGGCUUCAGUGAAAGAUGGGGGCUGGUGUACUGUAUCAUGUCAGUGAAAUGUACAAUAGAUGUAGUAGAUUUAAUCUUUCUUUCUUUCUUUUUUUUUUUAAUGUUCUUAUUUUUUGAAUAUGUUUCAAAUUAAGGCACUAAAAACCAAAAAAGGUGAAUGAAAAAAAAGCACUUUGUAAUGAUACAUAAAUGCACAUUUCUUUAAAUCAGAUUUGUUUUCAAAAGUAAUUUCAAGUGAAAGCCUUACUCCAUCCAGUUAAAAGAAUUUAUUUGACGUAUUUUGUUUGUUUUUGUCAUUCAUUUUAAAUAGGAUUGCUAAAAUUGUGUUUUAUAAAAAGGUACAUGAGCACGCCCAGCAACAGUAAGGAAUGUGUAGAAAUACUUUUCCAACUAAUUUCAUUCUUCAUGUUAUUAAGUUUUGAUGAUUUCAUGCUUGAACAACUCCUCAUGCGGAGGUGCUAAACCUCUUUAAAGCAGUUUAAAAGUAAGCAACAAUUAUAUCACUGGGUAUUUUCUCCCAAUGUCCCUUUGUCACAGAAGUGACACGUGAUACUUGAAUACAUUUUUUUUUUUUUUUUUUAAAUAAGAGGAACGUCCACAAUCUUCACUUCAGGUGUCUUAAAAUAAUUUUCUAUUCACUACCUCCACAGUGUAGCCCCUUUGAGACACAUGUAACCUUUAAAGUUUAUUUAAAAGUACACACUAGCAUCUAGUUUUAAAACAAAAAGCUGUUCUCGAUAGCCCUGGAUACACACUCUUGAAUCAUAUUACAUUCCCCACAAAAGUAAUCUUGCAUUCUGUGUCUCCUCGUUAAUAUUUGUGAUUAGCUUUGAUAGUUUUAUUAAUUUCUUUUGUACUGAAUCCUCAACCAGACACAUCGGAGAGUUGUUUAAGAGUGAUGUGAGCUGUUGCUCUACAUCAGAAUAUCUGCAGCGUUUGUGUGUGUGUGUGUGUGUGUGUGUGUGUGUGUGUGUAGACGCUUGAGAUUGUGAAUGUCUUAAGAGGUUUAAGUUGUAGAACAGAGAGACAGAACUUCCCUCAGUGUCAGCAAAACUCCUUAUGAAGUCAUAAAAUGAUCAAAAAUGUUGAAGUGAUCCAGUGAAUGGGUCUACUGUUGUGUAUGUGAUAUUUAUGUAAAUGUGACCACAAAGAGGCAGAGCAUCAUUAGCAGCCUCCACAUAUAUAUAUAAAAAAAAAUAUCAUUUAUUGACUAACACAAAAUGUCAAACAAGUGGACAAGUAAACAAUUAAAAGCAGGUUUCCCUCAGAAGGAGGAAACUUCUUCUACCCGGAAAGAUAUUUUCAUGUUUUUUUGCUGAACAGUUUCACCACUUCCUAAAACAUUUCUCUGGAGAUUUACAACUGUGUGGCUCUCAGUUUGCUAAACAAAUGUAUGUUUGUUUUGGCCAUUGUGCUGACGCAGGGCUGAGGGGGUUAGAGAGACUCUCGUGUUGUUCACUGCAGCCUGCUGGAAUUUCUAAAGUAUGCAAAAGACCCAACAUUUUGCAGAAAAGAGGAGACCAGGGGGGGAAAGUGAGGAAAAUACUCCCACAGAGGGAGCAGCACAUGGAUAAAUACUCAUUUCAGUUGUUACCGUGCGCGUGCAUACAGCAAACGAUAGACGACAACAGAGGUUGCAUAAAAGGGGGGCCUGUUUUUGAAGUAGGAUUUUAUUUGUUUAGUUGGGGGGUUUUUGUUUCAAAUACUGGAGGUGUGUGACAUUGAUACGAACAGAAUCUGUUUUAAAACCAAGAAGGAAAGAUAUAUUUCAGUCCCAGCUGGUGGGAGAGACAUUUCUAAAUCCACUUUUUUCUGCUAUGUUUUUUUUCUGUUGAGAGUUUGAGUUGUGUUUUUGUGCCUGUUUGGAGUUGUAAAUUCCAUGAUGCUUGUAAUAUUGUGCAUAAAUUAAGCUCUCCCUCUCA